UCCGAAAAAGUGGCCACCGCGCGUCUAUCUAUUCUGAAAGUUCUCCGACGACGGCAAAGGGUAGCCACGGAAAAGAGUCGUGUUUUAAUACUGAGAUACAUUUAUCUUUGUCUUGAGUUUAAAAUUUAUAAUGGAUUUAGAAGCAGUUGGUAAGAUGAAGGUUGCUGAAUUGAAGAAAGAGUUGGAGGCCAAUGGUCUCAGUGUUAAAGGUAACAAAGCUGAGUUACUGGAGAGGUUGAAGCAGCAUCUGGCAGAGUCAGGACAAGAUACAAGCAUUGCUGAAGAAGAAGGUGGAAACUUGCUGGAAGAAAGUGACCUGCUUGGAGGUUUAGAGGAGGAUUUAGCAGAGGAAGAAGGGGAGAAUGUAGAAGAAACAGAAACAGAAGCAGAAACAGCUGUAGUUGAGGAGUCCACUGCGCCAGAAUCACCCACACUUAAAGCAGUCUCAAAUGUGGACGACAAAAUAAGAAAAUUAAACAGAGCGGAGCGAUUUAAUGUUCAAAGCCCGAAUUUAGAUAAAAAAGCAGAGAGAGCCAAAAGAUUUGGGUUACAAGUCUCUACUACGACAAAAAUAGAUGAUAAGAAGAAAGCUAGAGCCGAGAGAUUUGGAGAAAUAGUGUCACCUACUCUUGCAAAAUCUGAAAAUCUUUUGAAGAAGCAACAACGGGCAGAGAGAUUUGGAACAGCAGUAAACACAACUACAAAGACCAGUACUACUAAGACGUCUGUUGUGAAGACUACUGAUGAUAAACUAUUGAAAAGGAAAGAAAGAUUUGGUGUUGCGUUGACAUCAUCUUCAGGUGAUAUAGAGGCAAAGAAAUCGAAGAGGGCUGAGAGGUUUGGUUUGUCUUGAAACGUCUGUUCCAGCAUCAGAUGAAUCCAAGUGUAAAUCAGAGAAAAAAAGAAAAGGAAACCGUUUUCUUUCAGCCGUGAAUAUGUUAAACUUAAAUGCAUGUGAUAUGUGGAAUAGACAUACAUGUGAAAAAAAAACAGUAUCAUUAAAACUGAGGUUAAAGCAGGAUAAAAGGACUGUAUGAAGGUUUUUGCAAGCAUAUUAUUUAAAAACCGUCAAAUUUUCACCAUAUAUUUGGUUGCGGCCCUCUGUUAAAAAAAAAUUAAGUUUUACUCUUUGACCAAUUUUUAUGCCCACCCCUGGUGUAUAGUAUUGUUAUUGCAUGAAUAUCAGAAAUGAAGAUAAGAGGUAUUUGUUUCCUUGAGUUUACAAAACCUUGAUAACUAAGUUAAGUAAUGAAAGAUCAUUGAUAGGCACGCCAUAAUGUUUGGGAUUCAGCGUCAACUCUGUUUUUGUCAUCUUCAGAAAUUUUCUUUGGAUUCUUUAUAGAAUAAAUAUGGCUAAAUAUAUAUGUUGAAUCUUAACUUGAUAGCAUAACAUGUCUAUUUGCCUAAUAUUAUAGUAGUUUCAUAUUUUAAAAACUUAAUUGCAUACUCUGCACUUGAGACUUUCAUUAAGUGUUAUGUACAGCUGUUGUCACCUGACUAACAGUUUCUAAAAAUUAUUUUAAUUUUUAACUAGUUGUACAUAAUGCUAUCAUUUAUUUACUUGUUAUAUUUUUUCCUUCAUUAUAUGAGAAUUAUGUCUGUAGCUUGAUAUGAUAUUCUGGACUAAAACUGUUUUCUAAUAAAAUGCAUGUAAUUAUAAAUUACUGUUUAUAUUUUUAAGAUACAGUAGUUAUUAUACAAUAGUACACCGCACUAUCGUGAUUUUUAAUCUGUCUAUUGUAUCAAAAAAAUGCAUGUUAAUUACAUUUUAAUUGUGUUUUUCUGACUGAAAACGGUUUCUGAAAAAGAACUCCUAUAAUAAUUUAAGACUUUCACUGUUUAUAUUUUGAAAACCUUUUCAAUAAAAGAAUUAGUUGAUCUCC